UGGAAGGAGAGAUGUGCCCAUUUGUCUGAGCAGACUUCUAUGAAAGCUAAAGCAGUGAGAAGUUAUGUCAGGAAAUCCAGGAGCUGGCAGGAGGGGAAUGAACCGUGAGGGCGUCCCCGGAAAGAGUCCGGAGGAGAUGUACAUUCAGCAGAAAGUGAGAGUCCUGCUCAUGCUGAGGAAGAUGGGAUCAAAUCUGACUGCUAGUGAAGAGGAGUUCUUGCGCACAUAUGCAGGUGUAGUGAAUAGCCAACUAAGCCAGCUUCCUCAACACUCAAUUGAUCAGGGUGGCUACAAACAAGACAGUUCUGUGUAUCUAUUCAUCAUUCCUGAGACACUAGGAAAUAGCAGUUACAGGUGCUGAGGAUGUUGUGAUGGCAUUUUCCAGAUCAGAGACAGAAGACAGAAGACAGUAACUACAGGAUACCUGAACAACACAGAACUGGAGAGGACAGUGAGAUUCCUGAAGAUAGAGGACGAUGGCUGAGCAUUAAUAAGUUCUUUUGCCCACCCUAAUUUUUCCGUGGUAGUCCUUCUCCUUUAUAAUUGUUUCCUUUUGCCCAACUCUCAGAAUGCAUCUCACAGCCAUCUAUUCCUAUAAGUUGUUGCUACUCAGCUGGGCUGUGUUAAUUAAGGACAAACCUAAAGGUGUAUUUUCGAUUGGCUCAAAGGGACAGACUGAUUGGCUAAAGGAAGACAAUUUUUUAAACUUGACCAAUGAAAACCUUUUCUCUCUUAUGUUUUAAAGUAAGUCUCUUGACAUCCUACUUCUAAAGAAGCUUUUCAUGGUGGUGCUUAUUUAGGUCAAACUUGUGAAUUUGAAGAGGGUUUGAUUUGGCUGUGUAGAACUGGAAGCAAGGUGUGAUUCGUUGACGAUGCAAAUGCUUUCUUCAGUUGGCUUGCAGGUGUUUUGCUGACAUCGACACUUUCAUUGCAGAAAGCUGAUGUUUUGGUGCAUUGGUUAUUACUUUAUCCUUACUUGGGGAAAAAACAAAUGUGCUUUGCGAUAUUUAUUACAUCUAUACAUGUAUACAUGCUUGCUUUUUUGUUGUUGUUUUUUGUUUGUUUUUGAUUGGCUUUGAAAUCACGUUUUUAAUUUCCUCUUGGCUGCAGUGUCUCUGAUGCCAUCAGUUUUUCCAUACUCAUCUGCUCUGUGGCCUCAAGCUCUUUUGGGAGCAUGUGUUGAAAGCAUAUUUAGUUCAGUAAGUCUACCUGUUUCAGCUGGAACACGGAGAUUACCAGCCGUUCUGUGCUUCUGUGUGGGCUGUACUACGAACUCCUGGUCAAUCUGGUCGUUCAGGUGGCUUCUCUCUUUGCUUCUGACAGAGGAGCUGUCGUUAUUUUGCAGGAAUUGCAAGAAUGAGAUCUAUGGCUGUGACAUGAAUUUGCCAAAUUUGUAUAGAGAAUAUGUGAACUUGUGUAAAAUAACUAUAGUUCCACUUUAACCCUUUAAUUGCUGCACAAGACUCGCUCUCAUACAAGGGAAAAUUAUUGAUCGUUAACUUAAAUCCGAGUUUCACGGGGCUUUAAUAAGCUAAGUUCCUAGUCACUUGAAAAAAAUUGUAUGCAGUUUGGUUCCCUGAAACUGCUUGGUGAGUUGGAAAUUAUCUGGAUCCUAGGCUAAUAGCAUUUUUUCUAGGCACUGGUCCCAAGAGGCAGCAGCAAUGCGUUAAGCUGUCCGAUAGUGAGUGUACAGGUGACAUUCAGGUUUACUCUGUUGGUAGUUCCAGGGCCUUCAAGCAGAUGCAUUUACAAACUCAAAAACCUGCCGUGAAAUUCCCGAAUUGCACUGACUGUUCAGGAAUCUGCACAUAAAAUAUCAGAAGCCUAGAAUUUCUAGCACUGCUGCCAAAAACCUAGCACUUCAUUUUCUCCAGUGUGUGCAGGUGGUUUUUACAAUACUUCUAGAUUUUCCUGUGGUUGCACUGACUUUAAGAUGUUUCAAAGCCUAUUAAAGCAGAACUCCAUUCAUUUACCUGUUCUUGGCUCUUUUCAUGUGGUUGUUAAUUAUUUGGAGUAACGAUUACAGAAUCUGGCUGUGACAACAUGACCAUUUUUCAUGGCAAGAAGUUCUGACGACAAGAUGCUGUUACGGUCUCAAAGCGGGGAAAAAGCUUGAAAGAAACCAUGGAAUGUGUGCAAAAGGAAGAAUGGACUUGUGAGCAUGAGCAGGGAGAUUAUCUUGAGCAAAUAAAUAUGAAAUGAGAAAACCUGUA